AUGCCAUCCCAGCAGCGAGCCAGCAUGGCCGAGCCCGCCGCGCCAGCCCCCCCGGCCCGUGUGCGGGUCUGCGUCCGCCUGCGCCCCUGCAGCCAGGGGGACCCCUGUAUCCGUGGCCUGGAUUCCCGCUCCCUGGAGAUUAUCAGUUGGAGGAACAAAAAGGAGACCCUGCAGUACCAAUUCGACUCCUUCUAUGGAGAUCAAGCCACGCAGCACGACAUCUACGCCGGCUCCGUGCAGCCUGUCCUGUGCCACCUGCUGGAGGGGCAGAACGCCAGCAUACUGGCCUAUGGCCCCACCGGUGCUGGUAAGACGCACACCAUGCUGGGCAGCCCAGAACAGCCAGGUGUGAUCCCACGAGCGCUGCGGGAUGUCCUGCAGAUGACGCGAGAGGCGAGCUGCUCACCCGGGGGUGACGAGUGGGACUACUCCGUCUCCAUGUCCUACCUGGAGAUCUACCAGGAGAAGGUGCUGGACCUGCUGGAGCCGUCCCAGCAGGAGCUGCCAAUCCGGGAGGACCGGGACCGGAACAUCCUGAUCCCAGGGCUGACUGAGCGGGAGCUGGGAGGCUUUGGGGACUUUGAGCGGCACUUCCUGCCGGCCAGCCGCAACCGCACGGUAGCCUCCACUCAGCUCAACGAUCGCUCAAGCCGCAGCCACGCCGUGCUGCUGGUGCGGGUGGCACGGACCCAGCGGGCGCCCCCCCGCCGCCGCCGUGUAGCCAAGCUCUGCCUCAUCGACCUGGCUGGCUCUGAGGACAACCGGCGCACCGGCAACUGUGGCCUGCGGCUCAAAGAGAGCGGAGCCAUCAAUGCCUCCCUGCACGUGCUCAGCAAGGUGGUGGAUGCCCUCAACCAGGGGCUGCCCCGCGUGCCAUACCGUGACAGCAAGCUCACCCGCCUGCUGCAGGACUCCCUGGGGGGCUCAGCUCACAGCGUGAUCAUUGCGAAUGUCGCCCCGGAGCAAGGCUUUUAUUUUGACACGCUGAGCACGCUGAACUUUGCUGCCAAGUCCAAGCAGGUGGUGAACCGGCCCUUCACCCAGGAGAUGCUGCAGGCCCCAGCUGCACGCAAGAGACCUCCCGAGGACCCUGGAGCCAGCAGUGAGGGUGCGAGCCCCAGGGCCAAGAGACCUCCCGAGGACCCUGGAGCCAGCAGUGAGGGUGCCAGCCCUGGGGCCAAGAGACCCCCUGAGGAGGAGCCCCCCGAGGCCGAGCCGCUCAGCUCCCUGCUGCCCCUGGAGCAGCUGGACCCAAGGCUGGUGCAGCGGCUGCUGGGGCUGGAGCAACUGGAGAAGCAGCAGGGCGGGGCCGGGCGGAGGCUGCCGCUGCUCAGCACCCCCCGGCGGGAGCGGGUGGCCCUGCUGCGCCAGCUGGAGGAGACGCGUAGCGAGCUGCAGAAGCUGAAGGAGAGGCAGAAGGAGCUAGAAGGCGCAGCGCUGCUGGACAAGGCCUGUCAGCCCAAGCCCCUGCACCACAGCAAGGCUCCCCCCCGGGCCCGGAAACAGGCUGUGGUGCUGCCCCUGCAGCAAGGAGCUGAGGCUGGAGGCAGGAUUGGAGGGGCCCCGGGGCAUGCUGGGAAGUGGGGGCACGGGGGGGGGAACCUGGUGCAUGCUGGGAAGUGGGGGACACGGGUGGGGGACCUGGGGAAUGCUGGGAGGCCCCGGCCAUGGGGGGCGGAGCCGCGGGGGUUCUUCGGCGUCUACCUGCUGUUCUGCACCAACCCCCGGUACCGGGGCCGUGUCUACGUCGGCUUCACUGUGGCCCCCCAGCGCCGCAUCGGGCAGCACAAUGCCGGCAAGCGCCGCGGCGGGGCCUGGAAGACCAGCGGGCGCGGGCCCUGGGAGAUGGUGCUGAUUAUCCACGGUUUCCCCACCGACGUGGCUGCUCUCCAGUUUGAGUGGGCCUGGCAGCACCCACACACUUCUCGCCGUCUCUCCCACGUGAGCCGUCGCGCCCGCCGGGAGACCCGCUUUGAUUUCCACCUCCGGGUUCUGGCCCACAUGCUUCGCGCGGCGCCCUGGUGCCGCCUGCCCCUCACGGUGCGCUGGCUGGAGCCAGGGUACCGCCGGGACUUCCCCCCCGCCCUCCAGCCCCCCCUGCACAUGCCCGUGGCCUUCGGGCAGUUCCGGGCGCUGGGCCGAGCCAGGGGCCGUGGGGAGCGGGGGCAGGAAGAACCCGGCCCUCCACCGGGGCAGGCAGACCAGGCCCAGCGCUGCGCUCUCUGCCUGAAGAGACUCCAGGAUGCGGAUGACCCCCCCCUGUGCUGCUUCCACCCCGGCUGCCCCCUGGCUGCCCACCCCGCCUGCCUGGCGCGGGAGUUCCUGCGGGAGGAGCCGGAGCAGAUCCUGCCCGUGGAGGGGCGCUGCCCAGGCUGCAAGAACCUGCUUCUGUGGGGCGACUUGAUUCGCUACCACCAGGGUUGCUAUGGUGACUUGGAAGAAGUCCCUGCCUCCUCCCAGGGACACUGGACAGAGGAGCUGCAGACUUGAAGACCAGAGGGGAGGAGCCUGCGCUGGAGGAGGCGGGGCAAAGGACGGGUCCCCUUUGCCCCACCCACCGGGACGAUGGACCCGCCCCCUCCUGGAUCCCGGGGCGAGGGGAUAAUUAUGGGAUUACAUGAAAUAAACAUCUCAGGAGAUUCGA